AUGUACGGCCCCCAAGGUGCAUCAUCGAUUCCAUACUUUAUGCGUGCCUUUUCCGAGGAUAAUGCAUCAGAUGAACAUGAAGCUGCAUAUCGUGGAAUGAUCAAUCAUUCUGGCUUGCCCGAGGGAGUUUUGGCUGGUCCAAGCUUUUCCAAACGUAAAUACUCAUGUACACAUCCAGGAUGCAACAAGCGUUUCACUACAAGUGGACAUCUUGCUCGACACAAUCGCAUUCACACAGGAGAGCGCAACUUUGCAUGCUUAAUGCCAGGGUGCCCCAGCAAGUUCUCAAGACAGGACAAUAUGAUGCAACAUUAUCGCACUCAUAUCUCACCCAAGUCUCGGCGUGGAGCUGCCACAUCAACAACUGCCACAUCAAAGAAGCAAGAUCAACAGGAUGAAAAUGGUGAAAUUGAUGAGACUGAUGUGGCCAAUGCAGAGGAGCGUUCUCCUGCGCUGGGAACACCAACGACAACAUCGCUCACCCCUCCAGCUGCAGCCGCAGGGCCUUCACCCACAUAUCAGGGUUCUAGACACAGCUCACCCCCUCGUCAUUACCCUCCAGAACAUCACCAGCAUCAUCAACAACAGCAGCAGUCCGAGGAUAUGGACUAUGACGAGCCCAUGACGGAUCGCACACGUCCUUCGGGUCAGCAGUCAUCAUCGCACCAUUACCAUCAGCACAAUAACAGCAACCAUCACUUGUCACCGACGUCAGCACGCGAUCCUAAACAGCAAGAUAGGAACUCGAGUCAUGGAGAGUACCGACAAUGGCCAACUCCAGCAUCGCCUACAUCGCCGAUGGCACAGCCCGUGGAGCGAAUGGAGGAUGUGGUGUCCUCACCUCGUGACCAACAGAUGUACUACUACCGACAACAGCAACAGUAUGAGCAACAAUAUCAACAUCGUCAACUGCAGAAGCAACAACAGCAGCGGGCUGCUAACCAUGCAUCAGCUUAUUACCAUGCAGCGGCCGCACAUCUCAAGUCUUUAUUUAAAAAAUAA